CUUCAUCCCUCCAGUCUGACCGGAGGAGGAUGAGGAGUCGGUAGGAGGCUAGCAGCUAACGUCACCGGGCCGGUCUGUCCCUCCGUCCGCCCCAUCCUCCCGCCCGAGCGCCUUCACCGGAGCCGUUACCGUCUGGAACCGGUCGGGACUCCCGGUGGCGGCGGGUCCGGCCGGGCUGGCCGGGUGAGCCGCGCGGGGAGAUGCCGCAGCUGGCCGCCGUUAGCCCCGUCGCUGUUUACGUCCGUGGCUGUUAUGUAACGGAGCGAGUAGCCGCUAAGCGUUAGCCCGCCGCCAUGAACGACGCGCAGCAGGAAAUGUCUCCGGACUUCGUGCUCAUGCGGCUCGUGUCCGCGGCCGAGUACGACCGGCUGGACGAGCCCGACGACCGGCUGUCCGGGGGCGGCGGCGGCGGCUUCGGGCCCGUCAAAGCCGCGCUGGCACACCGCGGCGGCGGCGGCGGCGGCUUCGAGCUGGAUCCCAGCGGCCCCUCUCCGGGCCUCGGCUCGGCUUCCCCGCACUACAGCUCGCCGCUGCCCGGGAAAGGCGAGCUGGACGGCGGGCUGCUGCUGACGCAGGCUGCCCCGGGCUCCGAGGCGCCGCUGUCCCCUCCGCCGCCGGACGACUUCGCCGUGGCGGCGCAGCGCUUCGUGGACUUCCCGGUGCAGCGCGGCGCGGCGGUUCCCGGGUCCCGGGCGCAGCUCAUGGUCUUCCAGAACCUGCUGCGGUCCGGGGACCGGGUCGUGGAGUUCGGACUGGAGCAGCCGCCCCCGCGCUUCCUGCAGGAGGACGCAGAGAGGCAGCAGCUGGACGCGGGACCGGGCACCACAGCGGGACCGGGGCCCGGAGGAGGCCGGGAGCAGACCUGCGUCCCAUCCGUGCAGGAGGACCUGCAGCCGCUGCAGUGGCACCCGGUGCUCCGGCUCUCCAAACCCUCAGACGGCUCCCAAACCCCCCACCAGGGCGUCCGGGACCUGGACUCUGAGCCGGGGUCGGUGCUGUGCCACCGACACCGCCUGCUGACCGACCAGCUGGCCAAGUGGCCCCCGGGCCUGCUGGACCAGGCUCUGCGCCUGGGCCUGCUGGAGCCCCGGAAGACCUGCCCCUCCGCCGGGGCCGGAGAGGACCCGGUGCUGGCUCUGGCCCGGAGGCUGGGCCAGCUGGGGGAGGCCAGAGAGGCUGGGGAAGGUGGCGAAGGUGGAGAUGAGGCCAGAGUGACCCGCUGCUCCUGCCACAGUGUCCUGGUCCCGGGGACGGGGGGCGAGGACCCCAGCGAGACCAGCGACGCCCUGCUGGUCCUGGAGGGACUGUGUUCCGAGGAGGUGGGAGGACUGGGUCAGGAGGGGGAGGGCAAAGGAGAGGACACGGAUGACACCGAGAAGGGCGAGUGGACGGGUGGGGUGGGCGGGGGCUUCGGGGCCGGUGUUGAGGGCCCCAUGUUCUCCAGUGGGACGCUGAGCGGCCUGAUGCGGCAGGUCCAUCGACUGGCUGAGGAGGCUGGCGUGUGCACGGACCAGAGCUGCCGGGCCCCCCUGUCCGUCCUGCCCGUCCAGUCCUCCCCCACCGACCCCGUCCCCGUCCCCGGCCCCGUCCCCCGGCCCCUGCACCAGCACCAGUCCCGCUCUCAGCCCCAGAGCCGCGCCGCCACACCCAAACUCGGCGUGGCGUCCGGGGGCCUGGGGCGGUCCGCCUCCCCUCUGGUGGUCCUGGAGGGGGAGAAGAUGACUCCGCCGUCACGAGGGAAAUCAAGGAAAGGGGGGUCGCUGAAAGUCCGGCUCAGCAAGCUGUUCCGGACCAAGAGCUCGAGCAGCGGGUCGGCCGGGCUGCUGGACAAGAGGCCGUCCCUGGCCUCGUCCACCUCGUCGGGGGGCAGCCUGCUGGACGUGUGGGGGUCCACCUGCAGCAACACGGAGCUGGACGGCAGCAGGCUGCAGGUGUCCAGACCUCACAGUGCCUUCUCUCCGGUGCCCGUCACUCCCGCUUUCACCGGUGAGACGGUGUCUCUGGUUGAUGUGGACAUUUCCUCUCGCAGGGGGGGGAGCUCGCUCCACCCCCCGACUCCUCCUCCUCCGCCCCGACGGAGUCUCAGUCUGCUCGAUGAUUUCGGAGGUCCUCCUCAGCAGCACGCCGCCUUCAUGGAGCCCAACGUGGGCGCCUCCAUGCAGUCUUUACCCCCCAGACCCCUCGUCCUGCACCCCUCCCUCAGCACCAUCCAGCACAGCCUGAGCCUCAACGACACCUUCCUGCGAGGCUUGCCCCGCCCCAUCCCCCUCAGACCUGACGGGCAUCACCCGCCCCCCCGACUCGCCCCCCGCUGCCCCCUCAGCCGACCCGACGCCGGCAGCUUCGCCACCAGCCUCCGAGAGCUGGAGAAGUGCGGGUGGUACUGGGGUCCCAUGAACUGGGAGGACGCCGAGAUGAAGCUGAAGGGGAAACCAGACGGAUCUUUCCUGGUCAGAGACUCUUCAGAUCCUCGAUACAUCCUGAGUCUGAGCUUCAGGUCGCAGGGAGUCACACACCACACACGCAUGGAGCACUACAGAGGGACCUUCAGUCUGUGGUGUCACCCUAAGUUCGAGGACCGCUGCCACUCGGUGGUGGAGUUCAUCGAGAGAGCCAUCAUGCACUCCAAGAACGGGAAGUUCCUGUACUUCCUGCGCUCCCGGGUCCCAGGUCUGCCCCCGACCCCGGUGCAGCUCCUGCACCCGGUCUCCAGGUUCAGCAGCGUCAAGUCCCUGCAGCACCUGUGCCGCUUCUGCAUCCGGCAGCUCGUCCGGAUCGACCACAUCCAGGAGCUGCCGCUGCCCAUGCCUCUGAUAGCCUACCUGAGGAAGUUCUACUAUUACGACCCCGAGGAGGAGAUCAGCCCCACGCAGGAGCUCAAGGAGGCGAAGGAGGCGAAGGGGGCGGAGUCGCAGGUGGAGCGGGGGCCGGAGCCGGGUGUCCAGGUGGGCGUGGAGUCCCAAACGUAGCAGUGGAGCUCUUUUACUUUCUUUCCUUCUUUUUUUGGACUCAAUCAAACUUUGAAACUGGACUCUGCAGCCAAUCGGCUCUCUCUGCUCACUUUGUAUCCGGGCGGGUUUCAGAUGGUCCGCCCCCGCCUCCGGGUUCUCUCAUUGGCUCACGGGGAGCAGCCCAGGGUGGGGGCAGGGGAUGUGGAGACUCCGCCCCCCUCUCUUGAUGUCAUCGCUGAGCGGCUCAACGAAACGUGACGUUUCACGAAGAGAUCCGUCACUGGCGGGUAGGAAGCGGCGGUCGCCUCUGGGAUCCGGCCGACAAGCGGCGAAACGCCGCCGUCGUGGUGUUGAAGGUGUCGACCUUUCUGGAAUUAAGUUAUAUAUCAUGUUCUAAACGUCCCGUUUAUUCACGUGGAUUUGGAAUGACGAAGUGCUUCUGGUGCUACAGAACUUGGUGUCAAACGUGGAUUCAGGCCGGGUUUCAGAUCCGGCCCCUUCACAUUAAGAGUCGGCCUCCAAACACACAUUUGGUCCAAAAAAGUCUGAAGUCUUUGUGCUUUGUGUCUCGUCGGCCUCAUGAUUCUCUCAUCUGUUGUACAUUUUAUGCACUUUAUUUGAUAUUUUAACGAACAUCGUACGAUAAAUUCCUAGAAAAUGUCUCAACAGGUUACAGGUUAUUUGUUCGUUCAUGUUGUUUUGCUUUGACAUUUUAAUCAGUAUUGAGUUUUUUUUUUUUUCGUUUUUUUGUUACAUUGUAUUUUUAAAAUUAAUAUAUUUUUUGGAUUCCAAAGAAAGAUUUCUUGCAUGCUUUCUUCUCUUGUACCUCAUGAGGAUGUGAAAGGGUUCAUUUCAGCUUCCGCUCAGCCUUAUGUGGCUAAUGGGGUCUGCAGGUCCCGCCCAGACCCCACAAACGCAACAAUGUUUCAAGUGAAAGCUCGUCGUUUCUUCGUUUUCGUUUCAGAGAAGUUUCACGUUCACACGACAACAUCCUGUAAAUGAUGUCUGAAACACUGAAAUUGAUGGAAUUAUGUUGAGCCACUGUUGGGUGCUGUUGUAUUUAUUUUCAACAUGCACGCAGAGAACAAUAAGCUAUGGACAUUAGGAAGGACCAGAAGGACAUUCAUGGACAGGUGAGGUAACAAAUUAGAUAACUACAGUGACUGUGAACUCUAAAACUCCCAAGUCCAGGAGAAUCUGGACUGGGAGUCAUGACAACUCUGGAGGAAAAAUAUUGUUUUUAUUGUUUUAUAGUCCGUCUACUGAGCAUGUGCAGAAGAAGUAUCUGGUGUUGAGUAGCAGCAUUUCUGCCUUCUGCAAGGAGACGUGCCGCGAGCGUUUCCAGGAAGUGUAGUUUUCGCCCAUCUGUACGGUGAUGGAGUGUUUUCAAAAAGUUCCACUCUGGAAUCCCAAAAAGUUGCGUUUUCGGUGGCUCCAAGUGGCUGCCGACACCCAAAUGGACACCCAAAACGCAACCAAAGUUUUGUGUUUUCACUUGAAGUCGUUGGUGUGUAAAUGGGUGCAGGAUGAAGAAAACUCAGAUUUAAAGACUUUAAGGUGUCCGGACUGACUGAAGAGUUCUUGUACACCUGACCAAUGCGAGUGCAGCGUGGUUUCAGACAUUUGAAGCACACGGAGGUUCGUCGUUUGAGUCUGAAGCAGCACAAACGGAGGACUUUCCCCAUCGUGGAGGCGACCGCCGCUCGCCGCAGCAUUACCAAAAGAAAACACACAAACAGUUACCGUGACAACACCUGAACUGAGCCUCGUUGGCGUUGCACUGGACAAACACUGGAGCAGGGAGGACCCCGAACGCCCCGGGGGGGCCCCCCUGAAGAUGUCACACGGUGGGCGAGGAAACCUGCAGGCGUGUCGUGAUGGUUUCAGAGCAACGCCGCAGCUUCGGUCUGAUUUCUGUGCUGUUAAUAAAACAGUGUGGACAGAAUCCGCCUCGGCUCA